AAUAACUGGUUACACCUCGUUGCGUAUGAAAGAGUCCACCAUUGAAACUCAGUGCGUAAUUUAUUUUGGACGGGACCAGGCAAAGAUUUCGGAAAUAUUAAACAUGUAUUGGACAGUUUUGGGGAUCGCUUUUGUUGGCGCCGUACUGACCACGUCUGAAGGAUGUGUGACGUCACAAAAUGUCCUGUCGGUGAACAACUCCGUGAGCGAGCUGACCGCCGGCAUGGCGGCCAUUAUCGCCAAUCCACCAAGCGAUGUGCUCUACGCCGUGUUCAAUGCUACGUGUAACGAAGCAGCUUUGAAGACGGUUGUUAUGAAUAUCGAGGAGAAAGUUCGCGCGUGCCCGGAACUGGUCGCUGUGACGUCAUUAUCCACCCUGGAUUCGAUACUAGGAGGUCUUAGCUUCACAACCCUCUUUGAAAACUUCGCCACCUACGAUGGGUUCUGUGAUUGCUUCCCCGGAGUGUUGGCGGCCAAGGCACUUAAUGAAAAGGCCGCACAGGCGCCAAACGGCCUCGUUCUGAAUAGGCCUGACGGGGCGUACAGCACACUGGUGAACCUACCCGUGGUCUGCGCGUUGGGACCCACGACGUUUGAACAUGCAUACAUGUAUGCAUUUAACAGCACGUGCAAUUUGACGUCACUACACGCGGAAGUGUUUCCUCAAGACCGCGUUCUCAAAAUGCGUGGAUUUGCUGAGCACCACUGCACAGCGGACUUCGAUUCAACCCCGUUCGACUGCGCCCUACAGAAGGCCUCGACCCAGGAAUUCAAAUUCUGCAUCGACAUAGUCACGAGCAACACGGGGGACGACGCUUCAGAAAAGGAGAUAAAAUGCGAACGUAAAAAGUGUGUGGACACGUAUAUUGAGGGGAAUAAGGAGUCGCCACAGUGUGGUCUCAACGCUAGCAUCCAGUACCGGUGGUCCGUCAUCAUGGCCGGGGGCGCUAUCGAGGUCUCCGACAGCGUGUGUGGGGCGUCCGGCCUCUUCAUAUCAGCUGUCCUUCUCUUUGCUGCCCUGCUUGUCACCCGAAUGUUCUAGAAGAUGAGAUUUAUUAUGCAAAUUGGAAAGAAAUAGUUAAAAUAGUUCUUAGGACACAAAAUGAAAUAAAUAGUUAUCUUGCACUGAACAAGAUAAAGACAUUUGCUAAAUUUCAUCACAACUGAACUUGUUUAAAUUAAAAAUAUGCAAUGUUCCUUUAAAAUUGGUUUUUCCAUACUUUUCUUUGAAUUUGGAUUUGAUAUUAACGAAAAAGACUGCCUGAAUCUAUAUUUUAUCACAGAUUACAUAUAUAUGUUGUACAUAUUGUGUGCCCCAUUUUUCAUAUGAAGACUUGCUGUUCACCCAACUUUACAUAUCUCAAUAUGUGCCUUACAUGUACAUGUAUAAAGUUAUAUAAAUAAAAUUAACCUCUUC